AUGACGUCCGUGUUGUUUAAAUCUAUCUAUCUAUCUAUCUAUCUAUCUAUCUAUAAGACUUACAGCAUAAAAUCUAUUUUUUUUAAAAGAUGGAAAAAGAAAAAUGGGAAAAAACAGGGAAGGCAGAAGAAGAAAAAGACAUUUUACAUUUUUUCUUUUCAUUCUUCCGUUUUUAUUUAUCAUUUUUCUACUUUAAUUUCGUGCAUUUUUUUUUCUUUCAUUUAUUUUCGUCAUUUUCCUUUUUCUUUCUUCCUAUUUUUCUUUCUUUUUUUCUUUCUAUCUUUAAAAAUAUUUUUUCUUGCUUGUUUACUGAUAUCUUUGUAUAAAUUCUUUCUUUCUUUCUUUCUUAAAAAUAGUUAUUUCUUGUUUCUGUGCUGGUAUCGUUUUCUAAAUUCUUUCUUUCUUUCUUUCUUUCUUUCUUUCUUAAAAACAAAUCUUUCUUGCUUGUUUGUUGGUAUCUUUGUAAAAAUUCUUUCUUUCUUUCGUUCUUUCUUUCUUUCAUUAUUAAAAAUUUCCUUUUCUUGCUUGUUUGCUAUCCUUUCUUUCUUUCUUUCUCAAAAAUUUCCCUUUCUUGCUUGUUUGCUAGUAUGUUUGUAUAAAUUCGUUCUGUCUUUCUUUUUCUUUCUUUCUUUCUUUCUUUCUUUCUUUCUUUCUUUCUUUCUUUCUUUCUUAAAAAUUGCCCUUUCUUGUUCUUUUACUAUAUGUUUGUAUAAAUUCUUUCUUUCUUUCUUUCUUUCUUUCUUUCUUUCUUUCUUUCUUUCUUUCUUUCUUUCUUUCUUUCUUAAAAAUUGCCCUUUCUUGUUCUUUUACUAUUUUUCCUUAUUGGUUUACGGCUUUUAUUUCUUAUUUUUUGCUUGGUUACUUAACAUUCUUUUUCUAUCUCUCAUUCUUCAAAUUAUUUUUCUUAUUUGUUUUCUUUCUUUCACUUUGCAUCCCGCCUUAUUUCAAAUAAUUCCUUCUUUCUUUCAACUUCUUUCUUUCUUUCAUUCCUAUUUCCAUAAAAAAAAAUUUUCCUCCUUCUUCGUUUUCACUUGA